AUGACUCUAACGCAUCGCGAAGCAAAAGAACAAAAAUUGGAAAUUCUAUUUCCACCACCACUUCUCCAUUCAUUUUCAAAUCCACAAGAAUCUUUCUUUUCCAAUACUUCUUAUUCUCCAUUCUCACCAAAUUUAUUGACCGAGGAUCUUGUUAGUAAAGUUAUAGAGGUUCUGAGUAGUACUUUAGAUGAGAUAAAAAAUGAGAUAUGGAAAACUUUUUUAAAUCCCAAUGAAGAUCAAAUACCAAAAGGCUUCAUUUCUGAUUUUAAUAAGUUAAUAUCCAAGACACCAUUUUCUCAAUAUCCAAAUGUCCAACGCCAACCAAUUAAAAAUUUGCAGCACCUUAUAUCAAUACUUUCAGUCGGGGUUCAUUCACCUGAAACUGAACUAAUUCAUCAAGUUUUUGACUUCUACAGCCAAAUUACAGCUUUCUUGACCGUCAUUCACAUGUUCUUUGAAGUUGUAGUUAUGGACUUUUUAUCGAAAGCAGAUAGUGAUAAAAAUUCAAGGCGUUUAGAAAUGGACCAUUUUAUGAGAAUUUUUCAUUUUAAAGACAAUUUUUUGGAUAAACAAUUUCAAUCACAAAGAAGCGAAGAUGAAGAUAAAACAAAUGAGA